CAGCAGCUGCGGCUCAUUCUACUCCUAAGCCAGGGCCAGGUCAGGGCAGCGGCGAAGUCUCCGGAUCCUGCCUGCAAAGCGGAUUCGCUCCUGGCCAGCGCGAUGCCAGGAGCUGCUGGGGUCCUUCUCCUCCUGCUGCUCCUCCGGGGCUUUGGGGACAGCGAGGCGCAGCGGCCCCAGGAGCAGUCCCAGCAGCGGCAGCUACAGGCGCAUCAGCAAAGAGGCUUAUUCCCUGCCGUCCUGAAUCUUGCAUCAAAUGCUCUCAUCACAACCAAUGCAACAUGUGGAGAAAAGGGACCAGAAAUGUAUUGCAAGUUGGUAGAGCAUGUCCCAGGGCAGCCUGUGAGGAACCCGCAAUGCCGAAUCUGCAAUCAAAACAGCAGCAAUCCAUAUCAGAGACACCCGAUUACAAAUGCCAUUGAUGGGAAGAACACUUGGUGGCAGAGUCCCAGUAUUAAGAAUGGAAUCGAAUACCAUUAUGUGACAAUUACUCUGGAUUUACAGCAGAUCUUCCAGAUUGCGUAUGUGAUUGUGAAAGCAGCUAACUCCCCUCGGCCUGGAAACUGGAUUUUGGAACGUUCGCUUGAUGAUGUUGAAUACAAGCCAUGGCAGUAUCACGCUGUGACGGAUUCAGAGUGCCUAACGCUCUACAACAUUUAUCCCCGCACUGGACCACCCUCGUAUGCCAAAGACGAUGAGGUUAUCUGCACUUCAUUUUAUUCCAAGAUUCAUCCCUUAGAAAAUGGAGAGAUCCACAUCUCUUUAAUUAAUGGGAGACCAAGUGCUGAUGACCCUUCUCCGGAACUGCUGGAAUUUACCUCUGCUCGCUACAUCCGCCUAAGGUUUCAGAGGAUCCGCACUUUAAAUGCUGACCUGAUGAUGUUGGCACACAAAGACCCAAGAGAAAUUGACCCUAUCGUCACAAGACGUUAUUACUACUCUGUCAAGGAUAUUUCUGUUGGAGGGAUGUGCAUCUGCUAUGGUCAUGCCAGGGCUUGUCCGCUUGAUCCAGUGACAAAUAAAUCUCGCUGUGAGUGUGAACAUAACACAUGUGGGGACAGUUGUGAUCAGUGCUGUCCAGGAUUCCAUCAAAAGCCCUGGAGAGCAGGAACUUUUCUGACAAGAACCGAGUGUGAAGCAUGCAAUUGCCAUGGAAAAGCUGAGGAAUGCUAUUAUGAUGAAGAAAUUGCUAGAAGAAACUUGAGUUUAAAUAUACAUGGAAAGUACGUUGGAGGAGGGGUGUGCAUUAAUUGCACCCAGAAUACUGCGGGUAUAAAUUGUGAAACAUGCAUUGAUGGUUUCUUCCGACCCAGAGGGGUGUCUCCUAAAUAUCCAAGGCCAUGCCAGCCAUGCCAUUGUGAUCCAGUUGGCUCUGUAAGCGAAUUCUGCAUCAAGGAUGAGAAACACACUCGAAGGGGUCUGGCCCCUGGAUCCUGUUAUUGCAAACCUGGCUUCGGAGGGGUGAGCUGUGAUCGGUGUGCCAGGGGCUACACUGGCUAUCCAGACUGCAAAUCCUGUAACUGCAGUGGCUCGGGAAGUACAAAUGAGGACCCUUGUUUAGGACCUUGUAACUGCAAGGAGAAUGUUGAAGGAGGUGACUGCAGUCGUUGCAAGACAGGCUUCUUCAAUUUGCAACAGGAUAAUCCAAAAGGCUGUGAAGAAUGUUUCUGUUCAGGAGUUUCAAACAGAUGCCAAAGUUCCUACUGGACCUAUGGCAAUAUACAAGACAUGAGUGGCUGGUAUCUGACUGACAUCUCUGACCGCAUUCGAGUUGCUCCUCAGCAAGACAGCUUGCAUUCUCCAGAGCAGAUCAGCAUCAGUAACACACAGGUCCGGCAAAGCCUACCCAACAGCUACUACUGGAGUGCGCCAGCUGCGUACCUGGGAAACAAACUCUCAGCAGUUGGAGGAAAACUGACAUUUACUAUAUCCUAUGACCUCGAGGAAGAAGAAGAAGACAUAGAACGUACCCUGCAGCUUAUGAUAAUCUUAGAGGGAAAUGGCUUGAGAAUCAGCACAGCCCAAGAAGAAGUCUACCUUCAGCCAUCUGAAGAGCACGUUCACGUACUGUCCCUUAAAGAAGAAUCAUUUGGCAGAUACGACACACACAUUCCAAUCAACAGAAGAGAAUUUAUGACAGUGCUGACAAAUGUAAAGCGAGUCCUGAUACAGAUCACAUACAGCUUUGGGAUGGAUGCCAUCUUCAGGUUGAGCUCCGUUAACCUGGAAUCUGUAGUUGCCUACCCUACUGAUGCAAGUGUUGCAACAGCUGUGGAAAUAUGUCAGUGUCCACCAGGGUACAGUGGAUCCUCGUGUGAAAAGAGACACCAAGCUAUUGUUUCCUCUAAUUUCAUACCUGCCAGUAACACUAAGUCUUGUUGGCCAAGGCACAGAAGGGUUAAUGGCACUAUUUUCGGUGGCAUCUGCGAACCAUGUCAGUGCUUUGGUCAUGCGGAAUCCUGUGAUGACGUCACUGCAGAAUGUCUGAACUGCGAAGAUCACACAGGUGGCCCAUACUGUGAUCAGUGUCUUCCUGGUUUCUAUGGUGAUCCAACCAAAGGAACUCCUGAGGAUUGUCAGCCCUGUGCCUGUCCGCUCAACAUCCCAUCCAACAACUUCAGCCCAACCUGCCAUUUAGAUCGGAGUCUUGGACUCGUCUGUGAUGCAUGCCCUGUCGGCUACACAGGACCACGCUGUGAGAGAUGUGCAGAAGGCUAUUUUGGACAACCUGCUACACCUGGAGGAUCGUGUCAACCGUGCCAAUGCAAUGACAACCUUGACUUCUCCACCCCUGGCAGCUGUGACAGCUUGUCUGGCUCCUGUCUGAUAUGUAAGCCAGGUACAACAGGCCAGCACUGUGAGCUCUGUGCUGAUGGAUAUUUUGGAGACGCUGUUGAUGCAAAGAACUGUCAGCCCUGUCACUGCAAUGCCAAUGGUUCCUUCUCUGACAUUUGCCACCCUCGAACUGGACAGUGCAAAUGCAGACCCAAUGUGCAGGGACAGCGGUGUGAUGAAUGUAAGCGUGAAACAUUCGGCCUGCAAUCAGCAAGGGGAUGUGUUCCCUGCAACUGUAAUUCUUUUGGUUCUAAAUCAUUUGACUGUGAAGAGAGUGGGCAAUGCUGGUGCCAGCCUGGAGUCACAGGGAAGAAGUGUGACCGCUGUGCCCAUGGAUAUUUCAACUUCCAAGAAGGAGGCUGCACAGCAUGUGACUGUUCCCAUCUGGGUAAUAACUGUGACCCCAGGACUGGCCAAUGCAUCUGUCCUCCCAAUACCAUUGGAGAGGAAUGCUCUAAGUGCGCACCCAACACAUGGGGCCACAGCAUUAUCACUGGUUGUAAGGCUUGUAAUUGCAGUGUGGUGGGAUCCUUGGAUUUCCAGUGUGACAUAAAUACUGGCCAAUGCAAGUGUCAUCCAAAGUUCUCUGGUGCAAAGUGCUCAGAGUGCAAUCGAGGCCACUGGAACUACCCUCACUGCAGCCUCUGUGACUGCUUCCUGCCGGGGACAGAUGCUGCAACCUGUGAUUCAGACACGAAGAUGUGUUCUUGCACUGAUGCAACAGGGCAGUGCACCUGUAAGGUGAAUGUGGAAGGUGUCCACUGUGACAGGUGCCGGCCUGGAAAAUUCGGGCUUGAUGCCAAGAACCCACUUGGCUGCAGCAGCUGUUACUGCUUUGGUGUAACUACUCAGUGCUCUGAGGCAAAAGGACUGAUCCGGACGUGGGUGACUUUGACUGAAGAGCAGACAAUUCUGCCUCUAGUGGAUGAGGCAUUGCAGCACACAACUACCAAAGGGAUUGCUUUUCAGCAUCCAGAAAUUGUUGCCAACAUGGAACUGGUGAGACAGGAUCUCCAUCUGGAACCUUUCUAUUGGAAACUUCCAGAACAAUUUGAAGGCAAGAAGCUGAUGGCCUAUGGAGGAAAACUCAAGUACACAAUCUAUUUUGAGGCUCGGGAAGAGACAGGUUUCUCUACAUAUAAACCUCAAGUAAUUGUUCGAGGUGGGACUCCUACACAUGCUAGAAUUAUCGUCAGGCAUAUGGCUGCUCCUCUAAUUGGCCAAUUGACAAGGCAUGAAAUUGAAAUGACAGAGAAAGAAUGGAAAUAUUAUGGUGAUGAUCCUCGAAUCAGUAGAACUGUGACCCGGGAAGACUUCUUGGAUGUCCUGUAUGAUAUUCAUUAUAUUCUUAUUAAGGCUACUUAUGGGAAUAUCAUGCGACAAAGCAGGAUUUCAGAAAUUUCAAUGGAGGUAGCUGAACCAGGACAGAUCUCAGCAGUGACUCCUCCAGCUCACCUGAUAGAAAAAUGUGACUGUCCCCCAGGCUAUUCAGGCUUGUCCUGUGAGACAUGCUUGCCAGGGUUUUAUCGACUGCGUUCUCAACCAGGCGGUCGCACCCCUGGACCAACCCUGGGCACCUGCGUGCCAUGUCAAUGCAACGGACAUAGCAGCCUGUGUGACCCAGAAACCUCCAUAUGCCAGAGCUGUCAGCACCACACUGCCGGGGACUUCUGUGAGCGAUGUGCUGUUGGAUACUAUGGAAUUGUAAAGGGAUUGCCAAAUGACUGUCAGCAAUGUGCGUGCCCUCUGAUUUCUUCCAGCAACAAUUUCAGCCCUUCGUGUGUCAUGCAAGGUCUGAAUGACUACCGCUGCACGGCUUGUCCUCGGGGGUAUGAAGGCCAGUACUGUGAAAGGUGUGCCGCUGGCUACACUGGCAGUCCCAGCAGCCCCGGAGGCUCCUGCCAAGAAUGUGAGUGUGACCCCUACGGCUCACUGCCUGUGCCCUGUGACCCCGUCACAGGACUGUGCACGUGCCGACCCGGAGCCACGGGCAGGAAGUGUGACGGCUGCGAACACUGGCAUGCACGCGAGGGCACGGAGUGUGUUUUUUGUGGUGACGAAUGCACGGGCCUCCUUCUUGGGGACUUGGCUCGCCUGGAGCAGGCAGUAAUGACCAUCAACCUCACCGGCCCACUGCCUGCCCCAUAUAAAAUGCUGUACAGUAUUGAAAAUACAACUCAGGAGCUAAAGCACUUACUCUCGCCACAGCGCGCCCCGGAGAGGCUUGCUACCUUGGCAGAGGGGGAUCUGAACACACUGGUGAUGGAAAUGAAUGAGUUGCUGACCAGGGCUACCAAAGUGACAGCAGAUGGCGAGCAAACCGGACAGGAUGCUGAAAGGACCAACACCAGAGCAAAGUCUUUGGAAGAAUUCAUCCAGGAGCUGGUCAGGGAUGCAGAAGCUGUAAAUGAAAAAGCUGUAAAGCUUAAUGAAACUCUAGGAACUCAAGACAAGGGCUUUGAGAGACAUUUGCCAGACCUUCAGAAAGAGAUUGAUCAGAUGAUGAAAGAACUGAGGAGGAAAAAUCUAGAAAUGCAGAAAGAAGUGGCUGAAGAUGAGUUGGUGGCUGCAGAAUCCCUCCUGCAGAAAGUGAACAAGCUGUUGGCAGAAGCCAGGGGGAAGAAUGAAAAGAUGGAGAAGGACCUUCGUGAGACACUGGCAGAUUACAAAAGCAAAGUCGAUGAUGCUUGGGAACUCCUAGCAGAAGCCACAAAUAAAAUUAGAGAAGCUGACCGCUUAUCUACUGCAAACCAAAGAAACAUGACUGCUUUGGAGAAAAAGAAGGAGGCUGUUGAGAGUGGUAAACGACAAAUUGAGAACACUUUAAAAGACAGCAAUGACAUCCUCAACGAAGCCAGCCAACUUGCAGAUGAAAUCAACUCAGUUAUAGAAUAUGUUGAAGACAUUCAAACAAAAUUGCCUCCAAUGUCUGAGGAGCUCACAAAUAAAAUAGAUGAACUCUCCCAGGAAAUAAAGGACAAGAAUCUUGCUAAUAAGGUGUCCCAGGCUGAGACUCAUGCAGCACAGCUGAACAACUCAGCUGCCAUCCUUGAUGGGAUCCUCGAUGAGGCUAAAAACAUCUCCUUCAAUGCCACUGCAGCCUUCAAAGCUUACAGCAACAUCAAGGACUACAUUGAUGAGGCUGAGAAAGUUGCUAAAGAAGCCAAAGAUCUUGCACAGGAAGCUGCAGUACUGGCAACAAGUCCCCAGGGUUCAUUGAAGGAAGAUGCCAAAGGCUCCUUGCAGAAAAGCUUCAGGAUUCUAAACGAGGCCAGGAAGCUAGGCCAGGAUGUACAAGACAAUGAUGACCAUCUAAGGGGCUUAACUAGCCGGUUAGAAAAUGCUGACGCCAGGAACGGGGAUCUCUUGAGAACUCUGAAUGACACUCUGGGCAAGUUAUCAACCAUUCCAAACGACACAGCUGCUAAGCUGCAAGCUGUUAAAGACAAGGCGAGACAAGCCAACAACACAGCCAAGGAAGUGCUGGCCCAGAUUAAAGAGCUCCACCAGAACCUUGACGGUCUGAAGAAAAAUUACAAUCAACUGGCAGACAGCGUGGCCCAAACCAAUGCCGUGGUGAAAGAUCCUGCCAAGAACAUUGCAGAUGCAGAUGCUACUGUGAAAAAUUUAGAACAAGAAGCUGACCGGCUCAUAGACAAACUCAAACCCAUCAAAGAACUCGAGGAUAACCUGAAGAAAAACAUUUCUGAGAUUAAGGAACUGAUAAACCAAGCCCGAAAACAAGCCAAUUCUAUCAAAGUAUCUGUGUCCUCCGGAGGGGACUGCAUUCGGACAUACAAGCCAGAAAUCAAGAAAGGGAGCUACAACAAUAUUGUCAUCAACGUCAAAACACCUGUUGCUGACAAUCUCCUGUUUUAUCUUGGAAGUGCGAAAUUUAUUGACUUUCUGGCUAUAGAAAUGCGUAAAGGCAAAGUAAGCUUCCUCUGGGACGUUGGAUCUGGAGUUGGACGUGUGGAGUAUCCGGAUCUGACUAUUGAUGAUUCAUCUUGGUACCGUAUUGAAGCAUCAAGGACUGGGAGAAAUGGAUCCAUCUCCGUAAGAGCCUUGGAUGGACCCAAAGCCAGCAUUAUGCCCCGCACCUACCAUUCUGUGUCUCCGCCAGGGUAUACUAUCCUAGAUGUGGAUGCAAAUGCAAUGCUGUUUGUUGGUGGCUUAACUGGGAAACUAAAGAAGGCUGAUGCUGUGCGUGUGAUUACAUUCACUGGCUGUAUGGGAGAAACAUACUUUGACAACAAGCCUAUAGGAUUGUGGAAUUUCCGAGAAAUAGAAGGUGACUGCAAAGGAUGUACUGUCAGUCCUCAGGUGGAAGAUAGCGAGGGGACUAUUCAGUUUGAUGGAGAAGGUUAUGCCGUGGUCAGCCGCCCCAUCCGCUGGUACCCCAACAUCUCCACUGUCAUGUUCAAAUUCCGGACAUUUUCUUCAAGCGCUCUCCUGAUGUAUCUUGCCACACGAGACCUGAAAGAUUUCAUGAGUGUAGAGCUAACAGAUGGAUACAUAAAGGUCAGCUAUGAUCUGGGUUCAGGAAUGACUUCAGUUGUCAGCAGUCAAAACCAUAAUGAUGGGAAAUGGAAAUCAUUCACCCUGUCCAGAAUUCAAAAACAAGCCAACGUAUCAAUUUUAGAUAUAGACACUAACCAGGAGGAGAAUUUAUCAACUGUAUCUCCCGGAAACAAUUUUGGUCUUGACUUGAAAGCAGAUGACAAAAUAUAUUUUGGUGGCCUGCCGACCCUGAGAAACCUGAGGCCAGAAGUGAAUUUGAAAAAAUAUUCUGGUUGUCUCAGAGAUAUAGAAAUUUCAAGAACUCCAUACAACAUACUCAGUAGCCCAGAUUAUGUUGGUGUUACCAAAGGAUGCUCACUGGAGAAUGUUCACACAGUUAGUUUCCUCAAGCCUGGGUUUGUGGAACUCUCCCCCGUGCCAAUUGAUGUAGGGACAGAAAUCAAUCUGUCCUUCAGUACCAAGAACGAAUCUGGAAUCAUCCUCUUGGGAAGUGGAGGCACACCAGCACCCAGGAGGAAGCGAAGGCAGACUGGACAGGCUUAUUACGCGAUACUCCUCAACAAAGGUCGUCUGGAGGUGCAUCUGUCCACAGGGGCACGCACAAUGAGGAAAAUUGUCAUCAAACCAGACCCAGGCCUCUUUCAUGAUGGAAGAGAACAUUCUGUUCAUGUUGAAAGAACUAGAGGCAUCUUUACCGUCCAAAUUGAUGAAGACAGGAAGUAUAUGCAAAACCUAACAGUUGAACAGGCCAUUGAAGUCAAAAAGCUUUUCAUUGGUGGCGCACCACCCGAAUUUCAGCCGUCUCCACUCAGGAAUAUUCCUCCUUUUGAAGGCUGUGUAUGGAAUCUCGUUAUUAACUCCAUCCCCAUGGACUUUGCAAGGCCUGUGUCCUUCAAAAAUGCAGACAUCGGCCACUGUGCUCUUCAGAAACCCCGUGAAGAUGAAGAUGGAGCAGUUCCAGCUGAAAUAGUGAUCCAGCCGGAGCCAGUUCCCACGCCAGCCUUCCCUACACCUACCGUGACUCUGUCGCAUGGUCCUUGUGCUGCAGAAUCAGUGCCAGAUCUUUUGAUGGGGAGCAAGCAAUUCGGUCUUUCAAAAAACAGUCACAUUGCAAUUGCAUUUGAUGACACCAAAGUUAAAAACCGCCUCACAAUUGAGCUGGAGGUGCGAACAGAAGCUGAAUCAGGCUUGCUUUUUUAUAUGGCUAGAGUCAAUCAUGCGGAUUUUGCUACAGUACAGCUAAGAAAUGGAUUCCCCUACUUCAGUUAUGACUUGGGCAGUGGGAACACCAGCACCAUGAUACCCACCCAAAUCAAUGAUGGCCAGUGGCACAAGAUAAAGAUCACAAGAGUUAAGCAAGAAGGAGUUCUUUCUGUAGAUGAUGCUUCUAACAGAACCAUCAGUCCCAAGAAGGCAGAUAUCCUGGAUGUUGUGGGAAUGCUCUACGUUGGUGGAUUACCCAUCAACUACACUACCCGAAGGAUUGGUCCAGUGACCUACAGCAUUGAUGGCUGCAUCCGGAACCUUCACAUGGCAGAGGCCCCUGUGGAUCUGGAGCAGCCAACCUCCAGCUUCCAUGUGGGGACCUGUUUUGCACAUGCUCAGAAGGGAACAUACUUUGAUGGAACUGGUUUUGCCAGAGCAAUUGGUGGAUUCAAAGUGGGAUUGGAUCUUCUUAUAGAAUUUGAAUUCCGCACAACAAGAACCACUGGAGUUCUUCUAGGAAUCAGCAGUCAAAAAAUGGAUGGGAUGGGAAUUGAGAUGCUCGAUGAAAAGCUGAUGUUUCAUGUGGACAAUGGUGCUGGCCUAUUCACUGCUAUCUAUGAUGCGGGAACCCCAGGGCGUUUGUGUGAUGGACAAUGGCAUAAAGUCACUGCCAACAAGAUCAAACACCGCAUUGUGCUCACAGUAGAUGGGAACCAGGUGGAAGCUGAAAGCCCUAACCCUGCAUCUACCUCCACUGAUACAAACGACCCUGUGUUUGUGGGAGGUUUCCCAGAUGACCUCAACCAGUUCGGCCUGACUACCAACAUUCGGUUCCGCGGAUGUAUCCGGUCCGUGAGGCUCACCAAAGGCACUGGCAAACCACUGGAGAUUAAUUUUACAAAGGCCCUGGAAUUAAGAGGUGUUCAACCAGUGUCAUGCCCAGCCAACUAACCAAAAGAGGUUUCCCUUUCAGAAGGGACCAUCAAAGCCACUAUUACAAGUACAAUAAGUAUAUGUACCUACGUAUGUUAAUAAAACUAAUGUGUGCACAUAUUUAGUCUUCCUGUAUUCAGAUGGUGCUAAUUUAGAAUCCUUCACUGAAUUCUAAUUCAAAUUAUUUCUUAAGUCUAUGAAUAUUAAAACAAGUAUUGCAUUCUAAAUAAA